AUGUCUGUGCAGCCGCUCACGCUGAUGAUCCUCUGCCUGACGAUCACAGAGCAUGCUUGUAUGUUCCAUAACCACUGGGGCGAGUGGAAUGACUCUCAGCUUCAGCCAACCAUUCAGAAGCUGAUGAAAGGAUACAACAAAUACCUAAGACCUAAUUUUAACGAGGGUCCUGUCGAAAUUGGAAUGAGCCUUGAUAUCGCCAGUAUCGAUGCCAUCUCCGAAAUCAAUAUGGAUUACACUGCGACCAUCUUCUUGCGUCAGCGCUGGCGGGAUUCCAGGCUGGUGUUCCCUGGAAACGAGAGCGUCAGUCUGGACGGACGUCUGGUGUCUCUCCUCUGGGUCCCGGACACCUUCAUCCCAGACUCCAAGCGUUCCUUCCUGCAUGACGUCACAGUGGAAAACCGCCUCAUACGCAUCUUCAGCAAUGGGACUGUUCUAUACGCAAUUCGCAUCACAGCGACGAUCGCCUGCAACAUGGAUCUGACCAAGUAUCCCAUGGACAGACAGGUGUGCACUCUGCAGCUGGAGAGCUGGGGCUACAACCUGCAGGACGUGGUGUUCUAUUGGACCAGAGGGAAUGAUUCAGUGAAGGGGCUCAACACGCUGCGUCUGGCUCAGUACAGCAUCGAGACCUACUAUACAUCAGUGUCGGAGGCCGUGUACGAAACAGGACAGUACCCAAAGCUGGUGCUGCAUUUUGCACUGCGUCGAAACGUGUUGUUCUUCAUCUUGGAGACGUAUGUUCCCUCCGUGUUGCUCGUGGUUCUUUCCUGGGUCUCGUUCUGGAUCAGCCAGUCCUCGGUUCCUGCUAGAACCUGCAUUGGCGUGACUACAGUCCUGACCAUGACCACUCUGAUGAUGGGCGCCCGGACAUCCUUGCCCAACGCCAACUGCUUCAUUAAGGCUAUAGACGUGUACCUGGGCAUCUGCUUCACCUUCAUAUUCGGUGCACUGCUGGAGUAUGCCUGUGCCCACUUUUACACCACGCAGCACCAGACCAUCGAGGAUUUACACAGAGAUCUUCUGAAGGAGUUCCUCGAGUCCAACGGAAACGGCUCCAUCCCCUUGGUCAGAUCCACCCAACCCAAGCAGCAUGUGGCGAUGGACUCCACGGCAGAGGAGCAAGCGGAGCGCUCGGAGAAUGGCGACGCCAUGAGCGACACUGGACCCAAAGAGAAGGUGUUAAGACAGGGGUGUGGCCUGUCCGCGGUGAAGGAUGCGUCUCGCAGGGCUGCAUCUGUCUUCACUGUGGAAAACCCACACAACAUUGACCGCCACGCCCGCACAGUCUUCCCCACUGCGUUCCUGUUUGUCAACAUCCUCUAUUGGCUGUACUAUCUCUUUCUCUGA